AUGGGCUGUGCAUUUUAUCUUCAUCUUUCAGGAUUGUGCAGGGUGAGGAAUUUGGAUGAAGCUAUAAAUAUGAGGAGUAAGAUGGAACAUGCUAAUUGUGUUCCUAACGUGGUUACUUACACUAUUCUGAUGGAUGGUUUUUGUGUGAAGGGUCAGACUGAUGAAGCAAUGGGAUUGUUGGAGGAAAUGAGGAUGAAGCAGUUGGAGCCGGAUGUUUAUAUAUAUAACACACUUAUAAAUGGACUCUGCACUAAUGACGAUGUUGAUAGAGGGAAGGAACUUUUGAACGAGAUGUUGGAAAAAGAAAUCUCUCCUAAUGAAGUUACGUAUACGUGCUUGAUGAAUGGUCUUUGUAAGAUGGGAAGAAUGAAGGAAGCCAAGGUUUUUUUCAAUACUAUGUUGGAGCGUGGAAUUCGUCCUGAUGUUAUUACCUUCACAGGUUUGAUAAGUGGGCUUUGCAAGGAUGGGAAGAUUGCAAAAGCGGUGGAGCUGUUUAAUUUCAUGCUGGAAAAGGGUGAAGAGCCUAAUAACAGAACAUAUAACAUUCUAAUUAAUGGAUUAUGCAAGGAAGGUUUGUUAAGUGAUGCUUUCAAGAUACUUGAAAUGAUGGUGGAGAAGGGGAAGAAGCCUGAUGUGAUCACUUACAAUGUGAUUAUGAGGGGACUUUGUGAUGUUGGGAACAUCAACUAUGCUCUGAAACUUUUUGAUUCGAUGCUGUCAAAUAAGAAUUAUGUUGACCCAGAUGCUUGAACGAUCAGCGUGUUGAUCCACGGGCUCUGUAGAGAAGGCUGUCUUUACGAGGCUGCAAAAAUUAAUCGUGAGAUGGUUAAGCGUAAGAAAGUUGGUGAUGUGGUGACAUAUACUGCACUAAUUGGAGCUUAUCUGAAGGAAGGAAAUGUUGGAAAAGCUAUGGAACUGUGGAAGGAGGUUUUACAACUGAGCUUGAUUCCUGAUUCACGGACUUACAGCGUCAUGAUUGAUGGAUUUUGCAAAAGUAACAUCAUAAACAUUGCAAAAGGGUUGUUUAGUAAAAUGAGAUCCUUAGGUCUUAUGCCUACGCUGCCUGACUACAAUACAUUGAUGGCAUCCUUGUGCAGAGAGGGUAGUUUCGAGCAAGCAAAGAGGUUGUUUAAAGAGAUGGUUGAUGGAAGAGUUCAACCAGAUGUUAUCUCAUAUAAUAUCACAGUCGAUUCAGCAAUAAAGGCUGGGGAUGUUCAGUUUGCCAAUGAGCUACUUAAUGAUAUGAGUAGAAGGGGUUUGACUCCUGAUGCUUUUACCUUUUCGAUGUUGAUUCAUAGGUUAUCAAGAUUAGGACUGGUGGAAGAGGCUAAAGAGAUGUUUGAGAGAAUGACUGCAUGUGGCUUCUCAGUGGACAUCUCUGUUUAUGAUUCAUUGAUAAAGGGAUUCAGUGCACAGGGUAAAACAGAAGAAAUUAUAGGUUUACUUCGAAAAAUGGGGUCUGAGGCACUGUUACUCAGAAAUCACUUCAACUAUCAUGAAGUUUCUAUGUGAUACUUCUGACGAUCAAAACAUUGUGGAGCUUCUACCAAAUUUUGCCCAAGAGAAAUUGGAAAGUGGUGGUGUUUCAUGUGAUGAGUUGUUAAUGAAACUCGACAAGGUUGUUCCCAAGAUUCAUACAUAAGCACUUUCUGUAGCACUGAAGUAGUACUUUCAAUAAUGCUGAAGGCUAUUUGUCCAUGUCCUGAAUUCAGUAAAAUUCAUGGUGAUGAAUGAUGCUUUUGUGGAUUCCCUUCAAGUCUCAAUGCCACAAAUUGAAGGCUAUAUUUGUCUUUUUAUCUGCUACUAACAUCACGUGAAUAGACUGGAUGGUAGGACAAACAAACAUUGAGCGUAUCACUGUAAAUUUUCAAUGGAUCUUCUAGUAAAGGUGACAAAGAACCGAAUGGGAUAGGGAAAAAGGAUUUAUGUAGCCAGAAUCAAUUUUUUGGGGGAAUCAGAUAGUUGGCUGUUGUUCUUAGUGGGGUGGUAGCGAUAACUGUUAAAAUGAUGAAAGAGCAUCAGAAACAGCAAUCAAAAUCUUAGAAAGUCUCCUCUCGAGAACUUCUGGACAAUCCAUAUCUAUUUGAUGAUCCAAACUCGGGGAAUGCAAGUUAAAGAUCUCCGAUAAAACUGUUUUACCAACUUACUCUCCCAACUCGACCAGAUCUAAUCUAGUUACAUCAUUGAUGAAAAUAGAGGCCAAAUAUGGCUCUGUCAAAGGCACAUAUGAAGGGAGAGCAUAAGGAACAGUCUCUGAAAGGGAAGAAAGAGAAGAACCUCGAUAAGACGUGCUCUUCUCCAAUCUCCAAAUACCAGAAAACUUUCGAAGUUGUCAUACUAUUGCAAUGUUGAGCUUCUGAUACCAAAUAACGCAUACAAGUGACCCCAUAGACAUAGAAGCUGACUUGCUCAUACAAGUAAAUAUAAUCAUGGUUUUAAA